AUGGAAAUGGGUUCUGAUGAUAAAAUUAAAGGAAAUUUGAAAGUAGAAACUUUAAGAAAAAAUCCAGCAAUGAGUUUUAUAGCAAAAGAUGCAAAAGAAUGUGUCCAGGAAUGUGUUUCCGAAUUUGUUAGUUUUGUAACAAGCGAAGCUAGUGAUCGCUGCCAUCAAGAAAAAAGGAAGACAAUUAAUGGUGAAGAUAUUUUAUUUGCAAUGUCAAAUUUAGGGUUUGAUAAUUAUGUUGAGCCUUUGAAAUUAUAUUUACAGAAAUAUAGAGAGGAAAGAUUAUACAUUCUAAAUUUAAUACCAGAAGUGUUAUAUUUCAAUGACCAUUUUGGAAGUGUGGGAUAUAUGCCAUCACAAGUCAUCUGCAAUCAGUAAUCAACUAACUAUUCAUAAUAAAGAACAUAUUCAUUAUCAGUUCAUUAAUAUGGAAAUUCAAAUGUAUAUUAUCAGUAAUG